UUCUGUAGUGUUGUUCAGUCAGACCCUGUUUUUUUUUUGUGUAAAAUUCAAGAUAGCCUAUUUUGCAUUAUUUGGACUUAACAUUUUUUGUUGGAGUGUCGCCUGGGUGUCUUGUGCUAUCUAUGUAAUAAUUCCAUCCAAUCGCUUGCGAGGCACAGGAGACAACACUGUAGUUUGGAUAUUUCCAUCCAAACUGAGGAUCUUGGCUACGCCGCCUCACCCAGUCAGCUUCUCGGCGUGUGCCACGGUGUCGUGUCGGUCUAGCCAUGGGGAACCGGGGGAUGGAGGACCUCAUUCCCCUCGUCAACAAACUUCAAGACGCCUUCAGCUCAAUCGGACAGAGUUGCAACUUGGACCUUCCACAGAUCGCUGUGGUCGGAGGACAGAGCGCUGGGAAAAGUAGUGUGCUGGAGAACUUUGUCGGAAGGGACUUCCUGCCUCGAGGUUCAGGAAUCGUCACCCGCAGACCUCUGGUCCUUCAGCUGGUCAACAAUGCAGCAGAGUAUGCGGAGUUCCUGCACUGUAAGGACCGCAAGUUUGUGGACUUUGAUGAGGUGCGGAGGGAGAUCGAGGCGGAGACGGACCGCAUCACGGGCUCCAACAAGGGCAUAUCCGCCGUACCCAUCAACCUCAGAGUCUUCUCACCCAAUGUCCUGAACCUGACCCUGAUCGACCUUCCGGGCAUGACCAAGGUUGCCGUGGGAGACCAGCCGGUGGACAUCGAGUUCCAGAUCCGCGACAUGCUGAUGCAGUUCAUCACGCGCGAGAACUGCCUCAUCCUGGCCGUCACCCCCGCCAACACCGACCUGGCCAACUCAGACGCCCUCAAGAUCGCCAAGGAGGUCGACCCUCAGGGCCUGAGGACCAUCGGCGUCAUCACCAAGCUGGACCUGAUGGACGAGGGCACGGACGCCAGAGACAUCCUGGAGAACAAACUACUGCCCCUACGCAGAGGGUACAUUGGCGUGGUGAACCGCAGUCAGAAGGACAUAGACGGCCGUAAGGACAUCGGCGCUGCCCUGGCCGCAGAGAGGAAGUUCUUCCUGUCCCACCCGGCCUACCGCCACAUAGCAGAGCGCAUGGGCACCCCUCACCUACAGAAAACACUCAACCAGCAACUGACCAACCAUAUUCGUGACACGCUGCCCACCCUGCGCAGUAAGCUGCAGUCCCAGCUGCUCUCUCUGGAGAAGGAGGUGGAGGAGUUCAAGAACUUCAAACCAGACGACCCCCAGCGCAAAACCAAGGCCCUGCUACAGAUGGUGCAGCAGUUUGGGGUGGACUUUGAGAAGCGCAUCGAGGGCUCAGGGGACCAGGUGGACACUGUGGAGCUGUCUGGAGGAGCGCGCAUCAACCGCGUCUUCCACGAGAUCUUCCCCUACGAACUCUUCAAGAUGAAGUUUGAUGAGAAGGAGCUGAGAAGAGAGAUCAGCUACGCCAUCAAGAACAUCCACGGUGUCAGAACGGGGCUGUUCACGCCCGACCUGGCGUUUGAGGCCAUCGUGAAAAAGCAGAUCGUAAAGCUGAAGGAGCCGUGUCUGAAGUGUAUCGAUCAGGUCAUUCAGGAGCUGAUCAACACGGUCAGGCAGUGCAGCUGCAAGCUGACCUCCUAUCCUCGACUGAGGGAGGAAACUGAGAGGAUUGUCACGACCCACGUGAGGGAACGAGAGGGCAAGACCAAGGACCAGGUGCUGCUGCUGAUUGACAUGGAGCUUGCCUACAUCAACACCAACCACGAAGACUUCAUUGGAUUCGCCAAUGCUCAGCAGAGGAACACCAAUGUGAGCAAGAAGAGGACCAUGCCCAACCAGGCCUUUGGCGCGCCACACCAAAGAAACACUGUCAUCAGACGCGGUUGGCUGACCAUCAACAUCAGCAUCAUGAAGGGCGGCUCGAAGGAGUACUGGUUCGUGCUGACUGCCGAGUCCCUGUCCUGGUUCAAGGAUGAGGAGGAAAAGGAGAAGAAGUACAUGCUCCCUCUGGACAACCUGAAGAUCAAGGAUGUGGAGAAGGGCUUCAUGUCCACCAAGCACACCUUCGCCAUCUUCAACACCGAACAAAGGAACGUGUAUAAGGACCUGCGUCAGAUCGAGCUGGCGUGCGACUCCCAGGACGACAUUGACAGCUGGAAGGCUUCUUUCCUCAGGGCCGGAGUCUUCCCAGAGAACGACCAGCCGGACCCCGAGGAGACGAGUCAGGGGGCCAGUGACAACAGCUUCUCCAUGGACCCCCAGCUGGAGCGGCAGGUGGAGACCAUCCGCAACCUGGUGGACUCCUACAUCGGCAUCAUCAACAAGUCCAUACGCGACCUCAUGCCCAAGACCAUCAUGCACCUCAUGAUCAACAGCGCUAAGGAGUUCAUCCACUGCGAGCUGCUGUCCUACCUGUACAGCUCUGCAGACCAGGGCAGCCUGAUGGAGGAGUCGGCCGACCAGGCGCAGCGCCGCGACGAGAUGCUGCGCAUGUACCACGCCCUGCGGGAGGCGCUCAAGAUCAUCGGGGACAUCAGCACCACCACCAUCACCACCCCCGUACCCCCGCCUGUGGACGACCACUGGAUACAGAAGGACAGCCCUCCCUCCCAGAGCCGCCCCCCGCCCAUGAGUGCGCCGCCCCCCAAUCGUCCCCCGGCGGUCCGGGCGGGUCCCACGCCGGGGCCUCCGCCUCCCCAGAACCCCUCUCCGGCCUUCGGGGCGCCCCCCAUCCCCUCGCGGCCAGGCACCCUGGAGCCCGGCGUGGCCCCCCCGCCACAGGUGCCCUCGCGCCCGGCCAGGGUGCCCCCCUCCCUGCCACCCGGCGUACCAAGAAGACCUCCGGCAGCUCCAAACCGCCCGACCAUCAUCAGACCUGCAGAACCCUCUCUCCUAGACUAGACUAGACUAGACACACACACACACACACACACACACACACACACACACACACACACACACACACACACACACACACACACACACACACACACACACACACACACACACACACACCUAUUGGUCCUUACAUUUCAGACAUCUACUAGUCCUGGCAAACUAGAAAUGAUACAUUUCCUUUCACACGUACAGACACACACACAUAUGACUCCUGUGCAUUUCUUUCAAAACACACACACACACACACACACACACACACGCACAAACACACACACACACACACACACACACACACACACACACACACACGCACAAACACACACACACGAUCUGCAUUUCAAUGAGUUCUUCCAGCUGUUUCCUCCAACCUUAUGUCUCAUGAAGGAGGAGGCAAGCUGCCAUAGAAGCAGACCUGCAGGCAGAGCUGUCAUAAAGAAAGGAGAGGUUGUGUAGGAAGUUAAAUAAAUAAAUAAAUAAAUAAAUAAAUAAACCUGCAGCAUUUUCCCCAACACAGGUAAUGUCACUGAGUGAUUGAUGUACUGGUCUUGACAAUCAGCUGACCUCCUUGGCUGGAAAAAGCGGCAAGGUUUUUACCCUUUACCCUUACUUAUUGUUUUUUUCCACCAAUACUUUUCUGAUGAUGCUGCCCGCUGAUUCCCACCUCCUUGGCUGGGAAAUACGGCAAGGAUUUUACCUUUACUUAUUGUUUCUUUUUUUCUCGAUACUUUUCGGAUGGCUCUGCCUGCACGUGGUGCUUGAUUUCUCCAUCCUCUCACGAAUUCCGUCUUUAUUUCAUCCCCAGGCGCAUUGAUGGGCAACUUGAAUAUAUCGGUCAUAAUCCAGUGCCACAUAUUCCAAAUGACCUGGUUUUACCUGGCCAAUUCAACCAGGUGAUCAUUCAACCAACAAAUCACCUGCUUGAAUUGGACAGGUAAAACCAGAUCAUUUGGAAUAUGUGGCACUAGAUUUGUAUAUUACAUUACAUUACACUUAGCUGAUGCUUUAACCAAAGCGAUUUACGUUUAUUCUAAGUGCAGGAUAUUGGUUACAGUCCCUGGAGCAGAGAAGGGUUAGGUGCCUUGCUCAAGGACACCUCAACCAUGGAGUGAGAUAGGGAGUGGAAGGGUGGGAUUUGAACCUCCAACCCUGUGAUUUAAAGUAGAGAUGUACAGGAUCCAAGAUCCGGUUCCGGAUCCGGCAGGAUAAUAGGGUUUUUCAGACUAUCCGGAUCCGGCAGGAUCUUAAGCAGUGGAUCCGGUAUCCGGCAGUUACCUAAAAAUCAAGAUCUGGGGCAUCUCUACUUUUUACGUAGCCUAGGCUUUUCAGUCAGUCUUUCACAACCCCAAUCGCUGCAUGGAGUGAAAGCCCUUUGGAAGCGUCCGUUGAAGGCAGUGUGGCAGUAAGCCAAUGAGUCUUAAAAAUAGUUUGCGCCAAUGUAAUAAAAAGGGCCCAUGUGUGCGAGUUGGCUAUGUGUUUCAACCCUUUCGUAGGAUCCGGUAUCCGGUUCCGGAUCCGGCAGGAUCUUAAGCAGUGGAUCCUAAAAAUCAGGAUCCGGUGCAUCUCUAAUUUAAAGCCCAUCUCCUUAACCACUGGGCCACAGCGGCCUAUCUAAUUUGGAAAUAAUGAAUUCAGUUUGUCCAUCACUGCCUGGGAGCAGGGUUCAAAAACGGAGGAAUCAGGCCAGAGGAAGCGAGCAGAGGAACAUAUUGAAAUGCAGCCACUCUCUUAAGGCACCUGAACCCCUACUUACUGACAUAACUUACAUGACUUCAGCCGUUGUGUUAAUGUACCUGUCACCUUGUUAGCCAUUUAGUUAUGAUUAGUCAUGUUUGAUUAUUAUUAUUAUUGUUUCUUCUAAUGUUCUAACCAAAAAUUGAAAAAGGCUGAUGAUGACACCAUACAGUACCCAAUUACGACUUGUACUUUUACAGUCAAGUGUUAUUAACUCCUCUUUAUUUUUUUCUACUAUUAUUGUUGUUAUAUGUUUUAUGUGUAUACGUUUCUUUGACACUUUUGAGCUUUAAAGGUAUUGUAACUCUCUGAUGUUGUUCAAGGCAGGUGGCAUUGCAGUUUAAAAGAAAACACAUGAGAAGACUUUCUCAAAGAAAGCCUCAAUCUGAGCUGUUCAAUCGCUGACUAUAUUGUGCACUAUAAAGGAAGCAAAAAUCUUUGUAGUGAACAGAGCGAACGUCCAAGUGGAUAUUUCUGACGUGUCCUCAAUGUCAUGUCACAUCAUGUGUACAGUGAAGUGCUGUUCAUUUUCGUUGAAGUUCUUGUAAAGGCUUCAUGGUUGUCACUGACUGGCUAGCUAGGUGCAUUCAUUGUACUUUAUUGGCCCACCCAGGUGCCUGUCUGCAUUUACCUGUCCUUGAUUGGCUAACCUAGGUGCCUGUCUCCACUUCACUUUCCCUGAUUGGCUACCUCAGGUGCCUGUCUCCACUUCACUUUCCUUGAUUGGCUAACCUAGGUGCCUGUCUCCACUUCUCUGUCAUUGAUUGGUUCACAAGUUGCCACUAGGUAUGUCAAGUUUUAUUGCUGACAUCAUCGGACAUGUAUUACAAUUGAUUGAUAGUAUUGAAAUGUUUGCACAGAGCACAUUUCGAGCUUGUGUCGUCAUUGUUACUGAAACCGUUAUUGCAGAAUGUUUCAGUUUCAGUUCCACUUGCAUACAUUUAAAAAAAAAAACACUCCACAGAGAGUGAAUGCUUCUUUCAAACCUUUCUUGUGUCUUUUCUUCUGCCUGUGUCCAUUCUCAAUGUCUGUUUGUAUUGUUUUUUUAUAUGCACUUUGUUUCGUUGUUUGUGCUGCAUCCCGUUCUCUUGACUAUGCAAAGCAUGGCAGGAGUGUUGCUUAACUCUGUGGCUCAUCAACAGGGCCGCUGACAGCUUUGGCCCUGGCCCAAGACAAAGUCAUCUAAGACCCCGCCCCCCCAGCCCAAUACGUAAUGAGGACCCAAUUCUGGCCCCUCUGUCUCCCAGGGCCCGGGACAACUGUUCCCUUUGUCCCCCCACCACCCUGUCGGCACCCCAUCAGUACUCAAGUCCAACCAUUUCAACAUGAUCUCCCCUGUUGUCCACCAUUGUGGGUGCGUACAGGGGACUCUCCAUUGAUGAUGGGGAUUAUUUAGAAACUGUAUUCACAGAUGUAGUUUCAUUUUCACAUGAGCGACACAACUUUGUCCCGCCAGUUUCAGCUUUGUUCAAGAAGACUUAAAUAAUGUCUCCCAACUGUCCAUCUGUGUAUUUGUAAUCUGUGUUGUUGUUAUUUUACUUACGCAAGUUCAUCCAUGCUCAGUCUGCCGUGUAAUCAGGGAUCUGCUGUCUGGCACGUCAGUAUCCCUCUAGUGUGUGUGUGUAUGUGUGUGUGUGUGUGUGUGUGGGCGCGCACAAUAUCACCACUCUUCAUCCUUCAACGUCUUGUUUGACAUUUCUGACACACACACAGACACACGUGUGUGCACACACACACACAAACAAACACAAGAUGCACACACUUUUUCUGACCUCUACCCUUUUUUCCACUUUUGUAUUUUUCCUACGUGUACUCUCUGAUGUUUUCUAAGUGCCUCUUGGGUGGCUGUAGCUCUGUAAUGGGGCAAACAAAAGAACUAACAAAAUGUAUUUUAACGGAUGAACCAAACAAUGAAUAAAUAAAUGAGUAAACAAGCAAGUACAAUGGAUUGAACGUUUUGCCCAGUUAUAAAUAAAAAGGGAUUAUCAUUGGAAAA